AUGACCCCUACGGAUGCUCUUCCCUUGGACGAGUAUGUUCGGGCCCCUCAUGGGAGCCACUUUUUCUACUGGGUGAACCUGCCUGAGCUCUUCAGGGCCUCCUACCAAGAGGCUAGAGAGGACCAGUGUGUAGACUCUGAGAUGAGCUCAGAGCUCAGGGACAUCCUAGUGAUACUGCCCACCUGGGAACAACUGCGGCUGUCAGUGGAGGUCACAGCCACAGGACAGGAGCUCUUCCAGACGGUGUGUGAUAUGGCACACAUUCGAGAAGCCCACUUUUUUGGCCUCAGCAUAAUCAGAAACAAUGAGUAUGUAUUCCUGGAUUUGAAGCGAAAACUCAGUAAAUACUUCUCUGGGGACUGGAAGACGGAAAGGCACAAAAGGGACAAGGUAUCCAGGGCGCCCUUCAUCACCUUCUUCAGAGUGCAGUUCUACGUGAAAAACGGGAGGGCGAUCAGUGACAAGACAGCCCGGCACCUGUACUACUGCCACCUGAAGGAGCAGGUCCUGAGGUCCAGGUGCACGCACAGGGAGGAGGCCUACUUUCUGCUGGCUGCCUGUGGGUUACAGGCUGACCUGGGAGACCACCAGGAGUCGGUCCAUGUGGGCAAGUACUUCGAGCCACACGCCUACUUCCCACAGUGGAUUAUCAACAACAGGGGAGCCGAUUACAUCCUCAGGCAUGUGCCUGCCAUGCACCGUGAACAGCGGGGCCUGAGUCCCAAGGAGGCCACGCUACGCUUCAUCAGGGAUGCCUGCCGACUUGAGGAUGUUCCUGUCCACUUCUUCAGGCUGUACAAGGAAAAGAAGGACGAUCACCCUUCCAUCCUCCUGGGACUCACUCUGAACGGAGUGCUCAUCUAUCGGGGGAAGAAGCUGGAAAUCCGGCCAGAAGGGCUGUGGGCAGCCCAGAAGCUGCUGUUCUACACGGGCUACGCCUGGCGCUCCCGCUACCUGCUGCAACUGCUUCGCACGACCCACCAGCUCCACCUCAGCUUGCAGCCCAUGCUGCGGUGGUUACAACGGCUGGAGGAGGCAGAAGAGAAGAAAGGCUGCCGGGAAUGCUACAUCAGUGACCCCCUGGAGCUGGACCUGGACCCACACAGCAGGAAAUGCCUGGGCAAUGAGGACGAUAUGGGCAGCAGACAUUCCCUCCUCUCACUGUGCUCCAGAAGCCAUGGCAGCUCCCACCCUGCAUGCAUCAAGCCCAACUUCCAGCACGGGGAGUGUGAGGUGUCUGUGGAUGAGCCCACAGGGACCGAGAGGCUCUGUGGGAAGACGCCAUCCAGUAGUUCCUGGAGCAGCUUCAGCAGCCAGGACACCUGCGCCAACAGCAGAGUCCAUACAUGCAGAUGGCCUCAUCUCAGACAGUCCUGUGAGGAGGAGCACUUGAUCCCUACUUCAGAGUUAUGGCAGGAAAGAGCCCAGAGCAGCAUGGGCCACAACACAGCUCUCCAGAGCCCGUCACAGGAGUGUGAAUCAUACUGAUCAGAACAUGGGGCCCAGAAAGCGGAGACCAUGCCCCAGGUUGGGGAGGCAGAGGCUGACCGCAGGGGUGACCAGUCCCUCUGCAGCCUGGACGACGUGUGUCUGCACCCCUCUUCCCGACACCUUCUGACUACCUCAUCUGGCUACACCUGGGGCUGUGCCCUGCUGGGGCUGCUGGUGCCCCCAAGAGGCCAGGGCUCCUCUCAAUGGCAAGAAGUUCAUAAACCACCUCCUCCUGUA